CAAACGUGAGCCAACAACGGACUCUUGGGCCUUCUUUCCUACUUCCUCUUCCUCUCUCUCCCUGCUACUUCCUUCAUCGACUCGACUCGACUUAACUUAACUCAGAACUCAGAAGCUCCGGUCCAACUCUUUUGGUAAUUUGUCGAAAUCAAAAUGGCUGAGCGACAAGCAGUCGAUCAGCAGAAUCAACCAGAUCCGCCAUUGCAAUCCACUCCAGCUCCAAAGGAAGACAUGCUUACUUGUCUCAUGGCUCUAGAAGCUGCUUUGCUCCCAUGCUUACCUGCUAGAGAGCUCCAAGCAAUUGACCGUUCACCCCAUCCUUCUCACCAGAUUGAUGUGGAAAGGCAUGCUAGAGACUUUAUGGAGGCUGCUAAAAAGCUUCAACUCCAUUUAAUUGGCCUGCAACGUGAAGAUGAACCAAGCAAGGCUGAAACACUGAGGAAGGAGAUAGCUGUGAUGGAAGAAGAAUUGAAUGUAAAAACUGAGCUUAUCAACAAACAUGAGAAGUUGAUUCAAGGGUGGAGAAAAGAAUUGAAAGACCAACUAGACAAACACUUAACUGAAUUGGAGAGAGUAUAGCUUAUGGCCAACAGGUUGGAAGGGCUUAGGAGGCUUUAAUUUUAACUAAAAUAUGACUUUCGCAAGUUGUCAUUGGCAUACUUUUAUUAGUCUUUUGUACAACAUGUAGAGCAUUUUGUUCAGCUUUUGUUAGAAGUGAAAGUGUUGAUCUAGGAUCGACGAAAGGAAGAAUUGUAUGAUUAUGUUUUGAUAAGCAAAUCAAUUUUUCUUUCUCGACAAUCUUGUAUUAUGUAUUGUGAUAACAGUUGAACUAAAAUUAGAUACAGAAACCUUAGCUUCCGCUC